AAACUUAUUGGUAGAGACAAUAAACUGAAGAGUUAGAAAGUAGAUGAAGAAAUCCAUACCUGUCAAGUUACUGUGGUGUCUUGCCGUAAUAUUUUACAUUAGAGACUAUAGGUUUUUGUACAAAAUAGUUAUUAAGCCAUUUAAAAAAGGAAAACACGCCCAAGGACUGACAAGCUGCUGGAGCUUGAAGUGAAAAAAGACCCUUUCAUCACUACCAAAGUACUGAAGGAAGCACACCCUGUUGUGUUGGGAAAAGUGUCAUAUAACAAUUGAAAAAGGAAAUUUAUUUCAUAUUGUUUAAAACAAACAUUAAAAAAAAUGAAAAUCAUAGAGAUUACGUAAGACAUGCAAAAAACAUAAGAUUUGACAGGUAUAGAAAUCUGUAAAUGUGAGUAUAAUGGCAUCAGCUCUGAAUAACAAUACUGUAUAUGUGUGUAAGACAUUUAGGCAAAUUUUCAGAGUGUGGAAAUAGGUUAUCUUAUUGUAUGCAUUAGUAUUACAUGUACAUUAUAGUGGGUAUCUAAUUGUAUGCAUUUGUAUUACAGUUGCAAUAUGGUGUGGAUGGGAUGUAUUAGAAAGAUAACUUUGAGAUAUCUAAUUCAGCUGGCCCACAUGGAAGAGAUGGUUGGUCAGAGGCUUACAAAUUGUAUGAGACACAAAAGAGCAUGGUUCGCCUAGGACUGACGACCAACUCCGCAGGAAGGAGACAAGAUGGCAGGAUACCCUCACAACCUGAGUCUGAACAAAGUUAUCAUCACCCAGCUGAUGAGCGCAUCAGACAUUAUGCACAGACUCAUUAUGCACAUCCCUCAAAUCCAAGGGCUUCCUCCUUUGCUGCUGAAGAAAGCCAAAUUGAACCAAGCUCCUCAGCAUCUCAUUACCCUUCCACUGAUGUGAGUGAGGUGCUGCCAGCCUCUCCCAGCCUGAGGACGGUGCUCAACAGGGGUGCUCAGAUAAGCCACUUUCCUUCCACUGAGUGGUCUCAGAAGGCAGGAAGAGCUCAUAGUGAUAUUCAUUCAAGAGGAACACAGAAACAAAACUGCCUUGAUAACAGUGCUUCAUCUUCAAGCUCUACACUUGAUGGUAAUUACACAAGAGACAUCAAGUUUUGUCCAAUAUGUCGUUCCUCUGUAAUAUCUGGAACUGCUCAUCAAUGCAAAAUUAUAGAACCUACUGCAUUAGCAUUUUCAUCCCGUACAGCUCCCGUGAGUGUGUCACAACAUGCCUCAAUAUCCAGACUUGGCCCCCAGCCAUUGGUGUCAUCACAUAAUGUUGAAGACAAAUAUGCUCAUAAUGUGCCUGAAUCUGAUGAUGAUCACCACAUUCAAAGUAGAAUAGUACCAAAUUUUUUACCCACUGCACAAGACUCCCCUUGUUCAUCGGAUGUAUCCCAGCAUGAAAAGAAAAAUGGUAGUGUAAAAAUAAGUCAUUUUUCUACAAGGUCAAAUAUAAUGCCAAUGCCAGUAGUAACUCAACCUGUUUAUGAUAUGCACAGUAAUAGAGAACGUAUACCAUCACAAGAUUAUGCUUCUGGAGGAAAGCCAAGUCAUGCUUCACCACUGUGGUAUGGGAAUGAUAGGAGACCCAUCUCAAAGACUGACACAUGGGAGACUCCCACAAGCCUCAUUUCACGUCUUACUGCUGGAUUGACUGCAAGCUCAAGUCAGUCACAGCAGCAUGGGGAGAAAGGUCCAUCACGCACCAACUGUCCCUCUCCCUCAAUGAGUGAGGAGAGUGACACUAUGAGCUUCAUUUGUAUGGAGGAAUCAACACAAGCUGAGGAUCCUUUUUAUGUUGCACACCAAGAGCUGAUGGAUGAGGUUCUGAGAGGUGAGCCACAUUGUUACUCCAACAGCAGCGGCAGCAGCAGCAGCAGCAGUAGUACUAGUACCAAUGUCAGUGGAAACCCCAAUACUCGCCCUCGUCCUAAAGUACAAAAGGAAUAUCCAGUAAUGUCCGAAAGCAGUAUGGAAAAAAAUCAGAAGUAUGCAGUCACCGACAGUUCAUCUUCAGAUUUAAUGUGUAUUGAUUCAAAUCAGUCCAGAGAUUCAGACUUAGAUGAUAGCAGACAUUCAGAAAGAAGUAAUCUAAUGCCUGAUUUAUGUACACUUCUGAAAAGUAUAAAGCAGCCUACCUUAAUUCCACAUUCUCCUGAUAAAUCAAAUAUUCAUGAUUUCUUAGAUCCUGAAGAAAUUGGUCACAUAAACCAUUUGAUCAAAAGCCUUUCAGACUCAGUAUUGACAAUCAGUUUACCGGACACCUUGUACAAAAACAAAGGUUUUACACCUCUUGACUAUAUGGACAUACAUUUGAAUGCUGUUAUGCGUCAGUUCUUUUUUGUAUUUAAGAAUGAAGAUUUUUUAAAUCUUCCAAUGCCUGAUCAAAUUUCAUUAUUAAAUGGGUGUUCACUGAGGGCUGUCAUUUGUUCAGGUCUGUAUUUGUUUAGUAAAGACACAGGUUGUUGGUACAUUCCUGGCUCAACCAACAGACUCAACCAUCCUGUCAUUCACAUUUCAGAUUUACUUCAAGUUUAUCCACAGCACAUUGUCUCUAAAAUGUAUGAGCUACAUACAGCUGCUUCCAAGCUAGACUUUGAUUGGUCCAUGGGAGUCAUCACCAAUUGCAUCCUUAUGUACACCCCAAUAAAAAAAAUGAUGCAAGAAAUGGAAAAAGUUGAUUUUUUACGGAAUAAGUAUGUUCAUCUUUUAUUAAAGUACAUAUCAUGGAAACAUGGACAUCACAAUUCUGCCUUGGUGUUCCCUGAGAUUCUUAAAAUAUUAGAUGCCCUUCUCCUCCUUGUUGAUGAAUUAUCACUGCUUGAUUUAAAUUUGAAUGAAGAGGAAGUGAUGGCAGUAGAAGAGAGGCUGUCUACACUUACGCUGAUGCAGCUGGCACCUCUUAAAAAUCAGUCCAGUAGAUUUAAAGAAGAAAUUGACUCAUGGUCAAGUUUGAAGUGUGUUAAUCUCACAGAAAUUAAUGAUAGGUUGUGUAUGGCUUUGCAUUUAAGUAUGACAGAGUCCCUUCACUCAAAUACUGCUGAGUAUUGGACAUCAAACAGUGUGUUGUGUGCCACUAAUGCAGCUCAUGAUGACAAUGCUCUGCCUCCAAACAAGAAGUUGCCUCAGAUUAUGCCUCCUACAAAUGAGAAGAUUAAUAAAUUAGAUCAAUAUAAGGAAAAUUCUUACAGUUACCAGAAAAAAGAUAGGUAUAUUGGUGACCGCACAAAAAUCACUUUACUUGCAGAGCGAGACUUGAUGUUGCUUAGACACUUUUUGGAAGAUGCUACUGCCAGAGAUAAUUCAUCCUUGAUUGAGAACAUCAAAGAAAAGAUGGAUGCUAAACAGAUUCAGCUCAUCAUUAAAAAACUGUGCUCAUAAUUUCUCUCUCUCUCUCUCUCUCUCUCUCUCUCUCUCUCUCUCUCUCUCUCUCUCUCUCUCUCUCUCUCUCUCCAUACAUACUUGUACACAUUGCUUUACAAUUUUUGGGAAAGAUUAGAUUAUAAGUUAAUUUUGUAAUAUUUAUUAAUUACCACAUUGUUAAGUUAAGGGACUAGCUCUAGGGUCAUUGACAUUAUCUAAGACUCCAUCAUCUGAAUUGCAUCAAAUAUUAUGUCUUGUAGCAGACUUUACUAUUUGAAUUUCAUGAUAUUGAGAUAACUUUUUAACUGAUAGAAUUAAAAAUCUGGUGCAAUAAUCCAAAGAUGAUGUAAUGAAUGUGAAGGGUUAGAGAAAUUUUAUGCUUGGAGGGCUUGGUUUGACCAAGUUUGAUUAAAGUAUUAACCAGAAUUAGACACAAAUUAUGGAAAUAUUUUUAACAUAUUACAAGUGAGAUUAAAGUUAUUGAAAUCACAGUUAGGGAUGUUGGAGUGUUGCAGCCCAAAAUUAAUGUAAAAUUAAUUGAUAUAUUGUAUAGUGGAAAGCAUAUGAGUAAGUUUUUGCAUAGAAAGUAUUAUGUUUUUGGCCAAAGUAUUGUGUAUUACUGGAAAUGCUCCUCUGGAGUUAAGGCUUUUUGUGAAUUUGUUGGUAGCCUGGAAUGAGGAAAUACUCUUGUUUUGUGGUAUGGUUUCUUUGUGUGAAGUGCAGCUUCAGUGAAUGGAAUAAUGUUGGCAUGAAGUGUUCGUAUGUAAUGAUUCUUUGAUUACAUUUUUUUUUAUAUUUGAGUGACAUACAAAAAAUGCUAGGGUGAGUUCAGCCCAUUAGCAUCAUAAGUAAUUGGUUGUGGCUUUGCAGUCCCCAGUGGACCCAUUGAAUAAUUUUUUCACAGUGAAAUGAAUAUAUAUAUUUUUCAUUAAAACAAAUUGGCAAUCUUCAGUGGAAUAUUAGCAAAUAAGUAUGUUCCUGUACCUACUAGAGGUUUCUCGAGUGACAUCACCAUUAUAAUUGAAAGUAGUGAUGCCAUAUUGGCCAUGUAUCAAGAGAUGGGACCACACUGCUUUGCAGGGGACCCCAAAGCCAAAUCCUGCUGAGGACUCCCUGAAGUGUGGGGUCAGCCUUGCUUAGAAGUGUUCUGUGAACUACUAAACCAAGCAUGACAGAUGGUGGAAGUAAUAUUGGUACAAAACCUGAAUGAUAUUCUGACAUCUGAAACCAAACUCAGGGUAAUAGAAUCACUUUUUUUAUGAAUAUGAGUGAUUCUAGGGUCAGAGGAGGAAGUAUACAUUUCAGGGCAUUGUAGCAAGGAAAGCUAAAGUCUUAUGUUUCAUGUAAGCUAGCCUUUUGCAUUAAGACUGAGCUGAAGCAUCUUGUAAUUCACUCCCUGCUGGUGAAUGUCACCAAACUCAUUGAUAUUGGGAGAGUUGUUGUUUGUAUAAGAUGUACUCUUGGAUUACAUUAUUAUAUAUUAUACUGA